AUGGAGGCCAAACACAGCUCCGCGCGGGCCGCCCGCGAGCCUCCCGUGCACAUCCGCGCGCUGACGUUUGUCCUCGACGUGGCGUGCGGCCGGCAUGCGCUGUCGCCGCUGAUUCCCGUGGCGCUGUGGCUCGCCGACGCGGUGCUGACCUGCCUGGUGAUUUGGAAGGUUCCCUACACGGAAAUCGACUGGGUUGCGUACAUGGAGCAAAUAACGCAGUUUGUUCACGGCGAGCGCGACUACACAAAGAUUAAAGGCGGCACCGGCCCGCUCGUGUACCCGGCCGCGCAUGUCUACACGUACACAGUGCUGUACUAUCUCACCGGCGAGGGCAAGAACAUACUACUGGCGCAGCAGCUGUUUGCUGUGCUGUACAUGGCGACGCUGGGACUGGUGAUGCUUUGCUACUGGAAAGCCAAGGUGCCGCCGUACGUAUUCCCGCUCCUCAUCCUUUCGAAGCGUCUGCACUCCGUCUUUGUCCUGCGAUGUUUCAACGACUGCUUCGCCGUCUUCUUCCUGUGGCUCGCCAUCUACUCGUUUCAGCGGCGCCUGUGGGCGCUCGGCGCCAUGGCCUACACCUGGGGCCUCGGCAUCAAGAUGUCGCUGCUGCUCGCGCUGCCCGCCGUGGCGGCGGUGCUGCUCCACGCGCGGGGCUUCUCGGGCGCGCUGUCGCUCGCCUGGCUCAUGGCGCAGGUGCAGGUCGUCAUCGCGCUGCCCUUUGUCGCCACCAACACAAACGGCUACCUCGGGCGCGCCUUUGAGCUCUCGCGGCAGUUCAAGUUUGAGUGGACCGUCAACUGGCGCAUGCUCGGCGAGGCAACGUUUCUCAGCCGCGGCUUCGCGCUGCUGCUGCUGGCGCUGCACGCCGCCGUGCUCGCCCUCUUCCUCACGACGCGCUGGAUGCGGCCCGCCAACAAGCCGCUCCUGCGCGCCAUGGUGCCUGCGUGGCUGCGCUGCCGCUCGGCGCUGACGCCCGACGAGGAGAUUCGCGUGUCGCGCCGCGUGACGCCCGAGUUCGUCACGACGGCCAUUCUGUCGGCCAACCUGAUUGGGCUGCUGUUUGCGCGAUCGCUGCACUACCAGUUUUAUGCGUACUUGGCGUGGUCGACGCCCUUUUUGCUCUGGCGCGCACUGCCCAACGCCGCGCUCGUGUAUCCGCUGUGGCUCGUGCAGGAGUGGGCGUGGAACGUGUUUCCCAGCACGAGCGAGUCGUCGACGGCCGCGGUUGCCGUCAUGGCGACGACGGUUGUUGCCGUGUACCUUGGCACCCGCAACGACGGCAUCGUGGUAAAGAAGCCCGCGGCCAAGAAGCAAUAG